UGAUUGUUUCCUUCAUUGUGCAGAAAUGUUACCUCUUCGAAUGAAAGAUUCAUGUUUGAGUUCCUAUAUAGGUUUCACAAGCAAAAAAAAAAACCCAAACCACAAAGUACGUAUUUAUACAAUAAAUGAAAUAUGUAGUAGGGAAGAUCCUUUUGAUUUGACAAACUCAUGUGAAACCAUACUAAUCUUGCAAAAGUGUCUUAAUUUAUGUAAAAACUCGUUCCUUGAUUUCAAGUUUGACCUCUGUUUUUUCUCUCAUUCAGCAAAUAUUGAGUGUCUGCUCUGGGCUGUGCAGUGUGUUAGGGACAAAAUGGUGGUUGAGGUACUGCUUUCUGCUCGUGGGGCUGUACUCUGAAGAAAACACUCAAAAAAGAAACAAAAUACAUUUCUUUACAAGUCACGAAGGAGUGUUAGGAAGGCACACAAGGACUGAAGCAGAGAAUGAGGAACGAGGCAGCGUAAGGGCUGCUGUUUUUGGUGGUACUGGGUAUUUAUGACGGGCAGGUCAGCAGGACCUGUCUGAGGACACAGCAUUUCGUGUGAGUGCUGACUGGUGGGACAGCAGGGGCCAGGCUGGGAGUGGAGGUCAGACAUGCAGAUGGUGUGAAUGGAAGAGUGGCUGCUUGCCCAGGAUUUAUUGAAAAAUGAAAUAGUUAAGCUUAGGAAAAUUCAAGACUGAUGAUGCACAUGAGAGAGAAUGUUUGUCAGUUUACACGAUGUGUUUUAUAUGGUUGAAUGCUCAUGUUUUAUGGAGGCUAAAAUAGUUGCUUUUCUUUUCUAGCUGGAUGAACUGCAGCUUUGCAAGAAUUGCUUCUAUUUGUCAAAUGCUCGUCCUGACAAUUGGUUCUGCUAUCCUUGUAUACCUAAUCAUGAACUCGUUUGGGCUAAAAUGAAAGGCUUUGGCUUCUGGCCCGCCAAAGUGCUGCAGAAGGAGGACAACCAGGUGGACGUCCGCUUCUUUGGCCACCAUCACCAGAGGGCCUGGAUCCCGUCUGAAAACAUACAGGACAUCACGGUGAAUGUUCACCGGCUGCACGUGAAACGCAGCAUGGGCUGGAAGAAGGCUUGCGACGAGCUGGAGCUGCAUCAGCGCUUCCUUCGUGAAGGAAGGUUCUGGAAGUCCAAGAAUGAGGACCGAGGGGAGGAGGAGGCAGAGUCCAGCAUCUCGUCCACCAGUAACGAGCAGCUAAAGGUCACUCAAGAACCCAGAGCAAAGAAAGGACGACGUAAUCAAAGUGUGGAACCCAAAAAAGAAGAACCAGAGCCGGAAACAGAAGCCGUGAGUUCCAGCCAGGAGAUCCCCACGAUGCCUCAGCCAAUCGAAAAGGUUUCCGUGUCCACUCAGACCAAGAAGUUAAGUGCCUCUUCCCCACGAAUGCUGCAUCGAAGCACACAGACCACCAGCGAUGGGGUGUGUCAGAGCAUGUGCCACGACAAGUACACCAAGAUUUUCAACGACUUCAAAGACCGAAUGAAGUCUGACCACAAGCGAGAAACAGAAAGAGUUGUGCGGGAAGCUCUGGAAAAGCUGCGCUCCGAAAUGGAAGAAGAGAAGCGACAAGCUGUAAGUAAAGCUGUAGCCAAUAUGCAGGGCGAGAUGGACAGGAAAUGUAAGCAAGUAAAGGAAAAGUGUAAAGAAGAAUUUGUAGAAGAAAUCAAGAAGCUAGCAACACAGCACAAACAACUGAUUUCUCAGACCAAGAAGAAGCAGUGGUGCUACAACUGUGAGGAGGAGGCCAUGUACCACUGCUGCUGGAAUACGUCCUACUGCUCCAUCAAGUGCCAGCAGGAGCAUUGGCACGCCGAGCACAAGCGCACCUGUCGCCGGAAAAGAUGAAGGCAGGUCUCCCGGGGCACCACACGCACUCUUCUCAGACACAGCGGUUUUUGUUUCCAAGAAGCCAAAAUUGUUUAGAAUUUGCUUCCCAUUUUGCACCAGCCUUUAAACACUUUUCGUGAAGAAAUUUUGCACAGUAGUUUAAAUCUUUUGUUAAUGCUCCUCCGGAGUUUUUCAGGGGGUAAAAGUAACAUCAGUGGACGGUAUUAUUUUAAAUAAAUUUUAAUUGAGAAUUUGUUGCAUUUUCAGCAAAUUUUAAAACAUUUUUAGGUUUUACAGAGAUUUUAACCUUUAAACAACAGAUCUUUAAAAAACAACAGGUGAAUACAAGCGAGUUUAACAAAGACACAUUUAAAAUAGAUCUGAAUGUAAGAACUACAGAACUGUUUCAGAAAUAAAACAUACUACCUUGAUGUGAAAUUUAUCUCUUAACCUUGUUGAGCUGGUUUUGUUCAGCUUCCUUUACUGUUUAAAGGCAUUAUCUAUUGGUUAUGCCAGUGGGUAUAUGAUUGAAUUUAGGGAACAGGGUUGACACAGCAGGUGCUAGUCCUGCAUAUUUUUUCUUAAAUAUUUCCCAAUUGUGUUUUUCAUUAUUUCUUUUCAAUAUAUAACUUUUAUAACAAAUUAUUAGCUUUGAUCUUGUAGUUUAAAAUUGCAGGGAACUGGGGUAAUCUUUUACUGAGCUGGAUCUUAGAGAAAAUGAAUAUUUAAAUUUUAAAGUUUGCACAUUUCAUCUUUGUCCUAACAUGAGUGCUUGUAACAAGAUAAAAAAUAAAAAGCCAAAAACUACCUUUAUCCAUCCAUGAAAUUAUAGAUGAGGCGUACAAAUUUCUUUAAUGCUUCCCUUCCCUCCCCAAGUAUCAUCUGAUUGCCUAUUAUCUGGUGUCACCUCGUAUAUUGUAAAUUAAUACUAAAAGGAAAGAAAGCACUUAAGCUUCACAGAGGCCGUUAUGUUUGUAGUAAUGGCUAAUUGCCUACUCAUGAACUCCAUCACUGUACACAGAAU